CCACAGUCUAACGUGAUUUAUUCAGGAGGUCGUAAGGUCACCUGUAUCUUGUAUAUCAUGUUUUGCAGCCAGCUCCGAAUUUCUACGCCUCUCUGUCCUCUUGGCUAUGUAGUAAUCUCACAUAUCUUAUCCGGCAGCAGUGAUGAUUCUGGACCACAUGGCCGCUGUCGAGACUACCGUGACUCCGUUGACCUCCACGUUUCACCUAGCAAUGGAAAGUUGCCGCCAAAGCUCAUUUCCGUCCUUUUAGCUCAUGCUUGGUUGGCAUCCCUGAUGUCACUGGGAAUUUUCAGACUGGCUGUGCGGUACGGCUACUGACACUUCCUCUCACGUCUGCCACGUACACUCUGGUUUGUCCCUUGAACAGAAAUGACACUCUCUACAUUCUCAGUAGCAAUGCAUAUUACUCCAACCGUCAUCAAGGCCCUCUAUACUCAUGGAAAACGGAAAACAAAAAAGCUGAAGGAUAGUGAUGAGCAACAAGAGGCCACCGAUGACAUUUUCUUUGACGAAGCAUUUCACAUCGUUAAAUCAUUCAUUCUUCUUGGCACAAAGAAUACUGUGGAAUCUCUCCAAGCAUUCACGAAUACUCAUGUACCUGCCCCGCCUUGGACUGCUGUUGCCCCUGUGCGCGUCCCACUGCAAUCAUGCAACCAGGCGGCAGACCUCCUGACAGAAUGGUUUGGGCCCGAAGACCUUAAACGUGUCGUUGGAGGUGAAAAGUGGUGGCAAGUUCGUGGUUUAGACGGUAUUGAUGCUGAGUGGAUUGCCGAGAAGUCACACUUGCCUGAAAGCGUUCACAUAGAUGCUGGGAGGAAGUACAGUGAAGAGGAAAAGCUUGUAAUGUCGAUGGAGCAAUUAGAGACCACGAUGCUUUACAUUCAUGGAGGCGGAUACUAUUGGGGGUCUAUCAAUACCCAUCGUUAUCAAGUCAUCAAAUAUGCACAUAAAAUUCGGGGGCGUGCGUUUGCUGUCAACUAUCGGAAGGCACCACAAUACCCAUGGCCAUGCCCCCUACAUGAUGUCCUCGCUGCUUAUCUUUACCUGAUUCAGCCACCUCCCGACGCUACCCAUAAACCCAUUCCUCCUUCAAAAAUCGUCUUCGCUGGCGAUUCGGCAGGUGGCGCACUAUGUCUCACAAUGCUCACUGUACUGCGGGAUUUGGGUCGACCGUUACCAGCGGGAGCAGUGCUCAUCAGCCCGUGGGUAGAUUUGACACACAGUUUUCCUAGUAUCCAUACGAAUACGGCCACGGAUAUCAUACCUCCUCAUGGAUUCAUGAACAAACCCUCUGUGUUGUGGCCGGUGGAUCCAAUCAAAGAAGGCGGUCGCGUCGCCCGUGCACACUCCGAUCCACUGCUGAAGCCAUGUCAUGCAGACACUCCUGGUGCCAAUAAAAAUGUUACAAGAGACAGUGCCCAGGUCCCGCCCACUGACGCUGAAAAGCAUGGUGAUUCUACGCCUGUUGAUUCCAAGCAAGAAACAUCAAGCAGUUCUGCAUCAAGCGUUGCCCUGAAAUCUCAGGUGAAAGCAUCAUUGUUUGAUGAAGGGAAGUGUGAUUCCUCUGGAGGGCACGGGCGAGGCCAGGAGCAGAACAGAAACCCAAGUCAUGCGAUGCCUAUUGAUGACCUUGCUGUGAACAAUAAGCACGGACCUAGUUCGGAUUCAAUCCCCGAUCUAGAUGACAUUGAUUUUUGGCAGCCCAACCCUCCGAAGGUGCUCAUGAAAAAUCCUCGAGAUGUUCCGCUGGAACUACGAUCGCAGAUCCAGCAUUAUGCUACUACAGAGCAAUUGUCGCAUCCUUUAGUCUCACCUAUCCUUCAAGCUUCCUUAGGCAAUCUCUGCCCGUUGUAUAUUUUGGCAGGCGAUGGAGAAGUGCUUCGCGACGAAAUAAUAUAUCUGGCGCAUAAGGCAGCCAAUCCAGCCGAGUACCCUGUACGAGAGGGUGUAAUUAGAGAUGGAUCGAGGCAGAAAGAGAAUGCGCAUAAAUUUUCUACGCCCACCAAAGUCCAUCUCCAAGUGUAUGAUGGAAUGUGUCACGUUUUGACGGUCUUCUCCUUCACGAGUAGUGCGGACUAUGCGUACCAUUCUAUUGCGGAAUUUGCGAAACAUGUUACCCAACAUUCGGCGGUAGAGCACCUUGACCGAAAUCCGUUCCCCAUUCUGCAGCAAACGUUCGGGCCUGACAUUCCAUCUUGCCUCAUGAAUGACCGAUCGAGAGACGUGCUGAUGGUUCGUGAGCGCGUAGAUAUCCAUGGUCGAGUUCGCUCCAUGGAACCAAAAGAGAAUAUUACAGCUCUACAGCUGAGGCCAUCAGAGAUUGGCAUUAUCAAGGAAGAGACUCUUGUCAAGUGGCUGGAAGGCCAAGAGGAGUGGGACAGGCGUUUCGAGUACCGCGCAACCAAGGUAAUGAAGAACAGGAAAAAAUUCGAAGCGAAGGCCGACUCGAUGAUUAAGAAUGCGAGGCUACGGGGCCUCUUACUGGCGGGAGAGAAGGAUGAUCUUGUUGAGAGGUCAAUAGUUAGGAGAUCGAGUGCCGCGCAUAGGGCUAUUCAAGAAAAUAGAAGAUGGGGGCCGUUAGACCUGGUGGACGAACAGCCACCACCCACAGCGAUUGCUGCGAGACGAGACACACGAGAAGCGCUUGCUCUGCUUAAGAAGAGCAUUUAUCACACGGCGCCAGCCACCCACAAGACCAUUCCGAGAAUGAAAACAGUGGAUGUUGUCCUCGCUGCUUUUGAUCCCAAUGAUGCCCCAUUCCGACCUCCUAGACAGUCAGUUUCAGAGCAGCAGGUGCGCACUAGUAUGCGAUACAUUCACGGAAUGCGAAUAUGGCAUUCCAUCGUGACGCAAGUUGACAUUCGGAUUCGCGCAUGUCAGUAUACUAAUCCAGCUACAGUUACUUUGGACGUAAGGUUGCUGUGAAAGCUGCGGAGGACACGCGACGCGUAGGAGAUGCACUUAUGGAGACUGGAGAUAAGGCUGCUAGCACUGUGAAGCCGGCCGCAGUAAGUACUAAGUAGUGGAGAGGAGUGCAGGAUUUGAUGAUCGCGUUGAGUAAUUAUUAAAAACAGA